ACAUCCAUGUUGGAGCCAUCACACAUGAAGGCCCCUCAGGAUUCUGCCUGCAGGAACCGACAGGCCCACCCCUCCAGCAUCCUUCCCCACAAGUAUGAGUCUAUGAGCAGCCAGACUGCACUAAUGUUCAAGGACCACAAGAUGUUCAUGGAGAAAGCCUACAAUUCAGCCACCUGCUUCAAGAUGCUCCGGGACAUAGGCAGCUCAGAACUUCCCUACCUGCAGUUUGUCAUCAAGAGGGUCAGGAAUAUGGCUCAGAGGUCCCCCAACUUGGUGAUGGAAACCAUCUAUGACUACUUCACAGACAACCCACAGAUCUCCAUCCGGCACAAGUUCCGGCUCUUCCAGGUCCUGGAGAAUGUCAUCAAAGCCAGUGACUGCCUGGAGGAGCCCUGGAGGAGAAGCUUUAUGCAGCUGGCCCUGGAUAACAUGACCCAAUCCACGGAGCUGGAAGACACAUACCAGGAUGCAGCCAGCAACGUGCUGGUGGCGAUCUGCAGGCACUCAUGGCAGACAGUAGCCCAGCACCUGGAGACGGAGCUCCUAACGGGUACCUUCCCACACCAAAGCCUCUUCUACGUAAUGGGCACACUGCCCUCCCACGAGGAGCUUCUCAACAAGGAAGACAGGGCGCAGUGGGAAGAACUGCUGGCCCAGGUAAUUGUCAAGUCAGUCAAGUUCCUGGACAUGGACCUGUGGUCCAAGGAGCUGCUGGAGGCCCUCACCAAGCCCAGCCAGACCCAGCAGGAGCAUCCCCCAGAGAAGAUGGGCCUGGUGAGGGGCCACAUCCAACAGAUGGCACUGGGCCAUCUCCAACAGGGAAUCGCGCUCACUGUGGGGCUGGCUGCGACCCAACACUUGGAUGAUGUCUGGGCUGUACCGGACCAGUUUGGCCGGAGCAGGCCCAUCAAGUGGACUCUCCAAAGCCCCAUGCCAAAGAGCUUGGAGGACCUGCAGUGGAAAUGGGCGAGCAGCACCAUUCUCCUUGCCUACAGUCAGAUGGCAGCCAGGGCCAAGACCCACAUCCUUCCGUGGGUGGGCAACAUCUUGUCCGGGAUGAUCUUCUACUUCCGCUACAGCUCGUGGGACGAGACCCUCAAGCAGAGCUUCCUCUCAGCCAUCCUGAUGCUGGUGGGGGCUAUCAGCCGAAGCGAGGGUGACCACAGCUGCAAGUUCUCCCAGACCUCCCAGCUUCUUGAGUGUCUGAUGGUUCUUGUGGAGAAGGAGCCCCCAGGCGCACUGUGCACCACCAGCCGUCAGCAGGUCAUCCACAUUGCCUCCAAGCUCUGCGAGCUGAGGCCACCUAUAGACAAAGAUAGGAAGUCACGACUCCUGUCCACCUGCUUCCGCAGCGUGUUUGCCUUGCCCCUGAUGGACACCCUGGAGAGACACACCUGUCUCUUUCUGGAGCCACCCAAUAUACAAACUCUGUACAGCCAGACGCUGGAGGCGCUGGACCACAUGCUGCAGAGCUUCAUCAUGCAGAGCCCCACAGCCAGUGAACUGCAACUCCCGCUGUUGCACCUGUAUCCCUGGCUGGCGUCUGAGAAGGUGCGCGAGCAGCAGCGCGCCACACACAGCUGCAUGAUCCUGCUUGGGUUCCUCAACCACCGAUGCUUCCUAGAUCCAAAGGAGGACUUCAGACCGAUGGGCCAAGUGAUGGGCAUGCUGGGAAUUCUGUGCCAGGACCCAGACAGGGCCACUCAGCACUUCAGCCUGGAAGGGGUGGGCCAGAUCUACCAGUUCCUGCUGCACCAGAAAGCAGAAGCAGCUCUGCAGGCAGAAUCACACAUCCCCAAGGUGCUCUCCCAGCCUGGUGCAGAUGAAGCCUCCCCAUGGAGCACUGGAGACCAGAGGACCACAUCCUCAUUGCCUCAGAAAGUGGUGUCCCUAGAGGACACUAUAUUCCAGCAGGACAGCUCCAGAGCCAUCAAGGAGAUCAUGAAGUACCUCACAGCAGCAGAGCUGAAUGACCUCAUCUGGACGGUCAUUGAAGGCCUGGGCUCCACCAGUGCCUUCCACGUGCAGGCAGCUGCUGACCUGCUCCUCAUUGUCAUUCAGGAGCAUGGGGCCAAGCUGGAGACCACAAAGGUUGCCAACAUGGGCCGGGCCAUCCACCGCCGCCUCUGCUGUGUCCACAUCCCUGAGGCCAAAAGGAAUGUCCUUCAUGCCUUCACCCUGCUGGCACGGGACCACACCUCUGAGUUGGUGGCUGCCUUCCUAGACGUCUCUAUGCCCUUGGACAGCCACGCCCUAUGCCUCUGGAAGGCCCUGAGGGCUGAAAACUCCAUCAGCCUCCUGGUGCUGGCUGUGCUGCUGGCCUGGCUGAAAGAGCGUCCCUUGUCCACCAGAGCCAGCGAUGGCAGCACCCACCCCAAGGAGAAGACCCACCUGUACUCACUGGCGGCCAUGAACAUACUGCAUGCGCUGCAGUUCAUGCACGAGUUCAAGAAGGUCUUGCAGGAGGCCUACCCCCAGCUCCUUCUGGCCCUCCUCACUCAGGUACACUAUGUCCUGGAACUGAACCUGACCAAAGCCAAGUCCCUUCCCGGGCAGCAAGCCCAGGAGACAGCCCUGCCCAGCCCCCAGAGCUGCUGCACGUCACUGGAGGCCCUGAAGAACCUGAUGUUCGCCACAGGGCACUGGCAUAACUUUGCCCACCUAGAGCUGCAGGGUGCCUGGGAGCGCUUCUCUUCCAUCGUCUCCUACCCGCGGGGCGUAGUCCUGCUUCCCAGGGCCAUGGUGCAGAACCACUGCAGGAAGAUCAAGGCCGUGCUUGGCCAGCUGCUGCCCAGCCUGCAGAGCCAAGAGGAGAGGGAGAGGAAAGUGGCCAUCCUCAUCCUCAACGAGUUCCUCUACAGCCCCGCCCUGCUGGAGGUCCUUCCUACUCAGGCUGCCAGGGCUGUGCUGGCGAAAGUUCUCUGUGACCCCAGCCCGGAGGUGCAUGUGUACAGCCUGCAGGCUCUCGGAAACAUCCUCUUCCACCCAGAGAAAGAAAGCCUGCUCCGUGCGCAGCUGCCGCACUUCCUUGAAGGCUUCUUCCAGAAGAGUGAGCUGGUGGUCGUGGGCAUCAUGAACACCGUGUCGGAAGUGCUGCACCAACUGGGCAUCCAGGGUGCAGGCGCCCAGAGCCUCAGUGUCACCAUCAAAGUCCACAUUUUCUUUGACGACGAGCAGGACCAGAUUCGAGCAGCAGCCAUGGCACUGUUCGGGGACCUGGUGGCCACGAUGGCAGGUGGGAAGCUCAGUGACCUUCAAACCCAGGUGUGCCAGAGCAUGGUGCCCCUGCUUCUGCACCUGAAGGACCAAUGCCCAGCCGUCGUCAUGCAGUCCAAAUUUGCCUUCUACCACUGUGCUGCCCUGCUAUGCUGGCAGCCGAGGCACAUCCUCUUCUGCACCCUGGCCUGGGAGCGCAGCCUCAGUGCCCACUUCCUCUGGACCUGCCUGAUGACCCGCAGCCAGGAAGAGUUCAGCAUCCACCUGGCACAGGCCCUCAAGUACCUGUACAGCUGCCACCACCACAUGAAGACCUGGGCAAUGCUCUUCAUAGGUUACACCAUCUGCUACUUCCCCCAGGCUGUGUCCCAGAUGCUGAGUAACAGAGACAUGGACCUGCUGCUCCACACUUUUGAAGAUCUCAAAAAAGACCCGGAGCCCAGCAUCCAGGAAUUUGCCACCAGGCAGCUUUUGUUCUUUCAGAAGGUGUCUGCCAGAUCCCAGAAGUGACGUCUGG